GCUGCCGCAGACGAGUGGAUCCGCAAGGGCAGCUUCAUCCACAAGCCGGCGCACGGCUGGCUGCACCCCGACGCCAGGGUCCUGGGGCCCGGGGUCUCCUACAUCGUUCGGUACAUGGGGUGCAUCGAGGUCUUACGCUCCAUGCGCUCCCUGGACUUCAACACUCGCACCCAGGUCACCAGGGAGGCCAUCAACCGGCUCCAUGAGGCUGUGCCUGGAGUUCGGGGCUCCUGGAAGAAGAAGGCCCCCAACAAGGCUCUGGCCUCCAUCCUGGGCAAGAGCAACCUGCGCUUUGCCGGCAUGAGCAUCGCCGUAAGCAUCUCUACCGAUGGCCUCAACCUCUCUGUGCCUGCCACGCGCCAGAUCAUCGCCAAUCAUCACAUGCAGUCCAUUUCCUUUGCAUCCGGUGGUGACACGGACAUGACGGAUUAUGUGGCCUAUGUUGCCAAGGACCCCAUCAAUCAGAGAGCCUGCCACAUCCUGGAGUGCUGCGAGGGCCUCGCCCAGAGCGUCAUCAGCACUGUGGGCCAAGCCUUCGAGCUGCGCUUCAAACAGUAUCUGCACAGCCCCCCCAAGGUGGUCGUCCCCCCUGAAAGGCUGACCGGGCUGGAGGAGUCGGCCUGGAGGGAUGAGGAGGACUUGGAACACAAUUACUACAACAGCAUCCCAGGGAAGGAGCCGCCCCUGGGCGGGCUGGUGGACUCCAGGCUCACCUUGACACAGCCCUGUGCCCUCGAGGCCCUAGGAGCCCUCAGCCAGGGAGCAUCUCCUCCUCGAAGAGACACCCGCGGCCUGCACUGGGAGCUGGGCCCCUCAGCCCCGCCUGGGGAUGGCUACGUGCAGGCAGAUGCCCAGGGGCCCCGAGACUACGAGGACCACCUGUACGUCAACACGCAGGGUCUGGAUGCCGCAGAGACUCUGCAGCCGGAGGACAGCCCCAAGAAGGACCUGUUCGACAUGCGACCCUUCGAGGACGCCCUGAAGCUGCACGAGUGCUCCGUGGGAGCGGGCGCGGCAGCCUCCCUUCCCUUGGAGGACCAGUGGCCCAGCCCCCCCACCCGCAGGGCCCCCAUCGCCCCCACAGACGAGCAGCUGCGGCAGGAGCCUUGCUCCUAA